CAUAGCCUUGAAGAAAUCUUUUUGCCUCGUUGUCUCUGAUGAUGAAUGAGUUGUUGGGAAACCCUUGUCCUUUUGAUGGACUGACCGAAGUCUCUUCUUCUUCGCAAACUACAUUUUUCACUAUGACAUUUUCACUCUCAAUUUCUUCUAUUAAUUUGGGAUGACCACCUGAUCUUCUCUCCCUACUUUCCUUCAAAAUCAAAGACAAAACAUUCCUGAUUGAGAAGAUUCCAACACAAAAGAUUCAACUAUUCAUAGAAAUUAAGGAAUGAAUGGUGUUUCUGCCCAUGAACCAGAGUACUCUGAGUUUGUUGAAGUUGAUCCUACUGGAAGAUAUGGAAGGUACAGUGAAAUUCUUGGUAAAGGAGCUUCAAAGACAGUUUAUAGAGCUUUUGAUGAGUAUGAAGGGAUUGAAGUAGCCUGGAAUCAGGUAAGGCUUUAUGAUUUCCUGCAAAGGCCUGAAGAUCUUGAGAGGUUGUAUCGUGAAAUUCAUCUGCUCAAGACCUUAAAACACAACAACAUCAUGAAGUUCUACACUUCUUGGGUAGAUACUGCCAACAGGAACAUCAACUUUGUGACUGAGAUGUUCACCUCUGGCACUCUCAGACAGAGAAAUUGGAGGCUGCAUAUACUCUUCUUAUCUUCAACUUCUUUGAUUUGCUCAUCGUAGUCUUUGAAUUUCUUGAUGUUUUGACGUGGAUAAUUCUCAUUUUCAAUUGUUUGGGUAGAUACAGGGGAAAUUAGAGGAUCCAUGUACUAAUAUAAUCUUCAAGUUCUUUGAUUUGCUCAUCUGGGUAUUUGCUUUUUGAUGUUCUGAUGUGGGUAAGUAAUUUUCAUUUUCGAUCGUUUGGGUAGGUAUAGGGUAAAUUAUAGGAUCCAUACAGUCUUCUAAUCUUCAAGUUCUUUGAUUUGCUCAUCUGGGUAUUUGCUUUUUGAUGUUCUGAUGUGGGUAAGUAAUUUUCAUUUUCGAUCGUUUGGGUAGGUAUAGGGUAAAUUAUAGGAUCCAUACAGUCUUCUAAUCUUCAAGUUCUUUGAUUUGCUCAUCUGGGUAUUUGCUUUUUGAUGUUCUGAUGUGGGUAAGUAAUUUUCAUUUUCGAUCGUUUGGGUAGGUAUAGGGUAAAUUAUAGGAUCCAUACAGUCUUCUA